AGAGCUGAGCAGAGCACCCGCUCUUCUUCUAAUAUAAACGGCUUGACUUCCGUUCUAGCGGGGCCGUAGUUGCAUUGCGGUCGCAGGCUUGCAGCUAGGGAGAGAGCGAGUGAGUGGUGAGGCGAAGGAAAUGGAGGCGGCGGGAGAGGGGAGGAAGCUCCAUCACCACGCCGGCGGCGGCAGGGCGCAGAUGGAGGCGAGCCCGGAGCGCGGCAGGCCGGCGUACGCGUCGGCGGUGACGGCGAGGUCCGCGCCGGCGAGGCCCAUGAGGCGGGUGCAGAUCAUCUACUACCUCUGCCGCAGCGGCCAGCUCGAGCACCCGCACUUCAUGGAGCUCGCGCAGUUUCCCCACCAGCCGCUCCGCCUCAAAGAUGUGAUGGACAAGCUGACGCUGCUGAGGGGGAAAGGCAUGCCCGCUCUCUUCUCAUGGUCUUGCAAGAGGAACUACAAGAACGGCUACGUGUGGAACGACCUCUCGGAGAGCGACGUGAUAUAUCCGUCCGACGGCGUGGAGUACGUCCUCAAGGGCUCCGAGAUCUUCCCCGGCUGUUCUUCCGCCGUUGCAGGGGAGCGGUUCCAGCACCUCCGCGUGACGGACAGGUCGCCGACCAAGCCCCCGCUGGCCCUCCCGCACAGCCACAAGCAGUACGUGGACGCCUACCGGGACGACGCCGGCGAGGACCCCGAGGACGACGAGCUCGGGUACCCGUACCACCGGCGUGCCGCCGCGGCUAGGCUGGGCGGGCCGAACAAGCCCGUCUCGGCCCGCACCAACCGUGGCCACCCCGUGGAGCUGCCCGUCGAGGAGACCUCGCCGCCGUCCUCGACGUCCUCCGACAAGCCGCCGCCGCCGCAGCAGGCGGGCCGCUGCGACGAGGCCGAGCCGAACAGGACCGGGUCGAUGCUCCUGCAGCUCAUCGCGUGCGGGGCGGUCACCGCCGGUCCGGCCAAGUGCGGCGGCCGGGCCGAUCCGAGGCGGAGCUGCGGCCUGGUGAGCCGGCUGUCGUCCCGCGCCGGCGCGGAGGACGACGACGAGGAGGAGGCGGCGGGCGGCGAGCUGAGCCGGCGGUUCGGCCGCAUGGGGGCGGAGGAGAAGGAGUACUUCAGCGGCAGCAUCAUCGUGGACAGCGGCGGCAGGGGCACCCCGCUGCCUGCUUCCUCGCUCAAACGCUCCAACUCGUACACCGAGGAGAGGGGCUCGAGGCUUGGCGCGGGGGUGAUCGGCGAGGGGACGGCGGAUGGGCGCAUCGGAGGGGAGGAGGGGAUGAUGAGGGGAAGGUGCAUCCCGGGCAGGAAGAGGCAGCCGCAGCACCAGAAAUAGGCCGGCGCCUCGGCUUAGCUAUCUAGAUUAAUCUCUGCUUCUGACAGAGCAUGUAGUAAUAGUUCCAGUAGCAGGAGUGUUUAGCAUCUCUACUUGUGUGUUGUGGACCAUGGGUUAGCAUUGAGAGCUAGGCUUAGCAUCUAGUUCGAUGUUGGACAAGCCAGCACGCAUGGCACUUAAUUUUGGAUCCUAUGUCUAUGUGAACGGUGAGAGUCGGUACUACUGUAUCCAUACGGACCGGUAGCAAUGCAAGUAAUCGACUGAUCAUGCC